AUGGCUCGCAACAGUACUUCGAAGGGUCCUCGCUCGUCCUCGCCGUCCAAGUCCUCGUCGGCCGCAGGAGACAACCCCAACUUCUCCGCCUGGCGCUCGUUCUACGCCGUCGAGUCCGUCAAGUUGAGGGAGAAGUACCCCGGCAUGAAAGGCAAGACGGUCCAGAAGCGUUUGUCGGCGCUUUACAAGAAACGCAAGGCCGAGCAGGAGAAGCCCGCUUCCGACGCCGACGCUUAA